AUGAGUCAAUGCUAAAAAAUCUCACUCUCUGCGUCAUUGUCUCUUUCUCUCACUUCCAUCUCACCAUCAUCAACUAUACUAGCCAACAUGUCUCCGUCGGCAGUGACAAGCGCUCCAUACGAGAGCCUGCUGGACGUUUUGUCCAAGACAAAACUUACCAAUGGAAAGCCGUUGGAAAGCAACACGCGUGCUAUUCUAACGGCACCAAAAGACCCCAAGCAUGAGGCGUUCAUCAGCUCGACAAAGGCGCAUCCUGUCGAUCAGCAGCUGUUGGAUCGCUUCGCGCGUUUGACUGGCCGCCGACCGCAUCGCUAUCUCAGAAGAGGCAUUGUCUUUUCACACCAUGAUUUAGAUGCGAUUCUUGACAGAUAUGAGGCCGGGCGCCCAAUCUACCUUUUCACGGGCCGUGGUCCGAGCAGCGAUAGCUUGCAUCUUGGGCACUCGAUUCCUUUUGAAUUCACACAAUGGCUUCAGGAGGCCCUUGGUGCUAAACUGAUCCUCAUGCUCACGGACGACAUGAAAAUUCUGCAUGACAAGAACCUAGCCAUUUCCGACGUCCGAAAAUAUGACAUUGCAAAUGCAAAGGAUAUUCUCGCGUUUGGCUUCGACUGCUCAAAGACCUUCAUGUUCUCCAAUAUUGAUUUCGUCGGUGGCGCGUUCUACCAAAACAUCAUUUCCAUCGCAAGACACAUUACCGUUGGCAGUAUCAAGGAAGACCUAGGCUUCACUGAUAACCACAAUGUUGGCAUGUUUUACUGUUGCUCGACACAGUCUGCCGGCUGCUUCGCAUCCUCGUUUCCUGGUAUUUUGGACCACGAUCGGUCCAUUUUGCGGGACAUGGAAUGCCUAAUCCCUUGUUCGUAUGACAUUUCUGGCUACUUUGCAGAAGUCCGCAAGCAUGCAGAGGAUAUUGGUGAGAAGCGACCGUCGUUUCUAUACUCAAGCCUACUACCUUCACUACAAGGAGGAGACGGUAAGAUGUCUGCUUCCAUCAGCAGCUCGGCCAUCUAUCUUGCCGAUGACGAGCAUGUUAUCCGUGACAAAAUCAGACAGGCUUUCCCUGCUGGGCAGAAUAGCAUGGAUGUCGCUUUUGACUGGCUUCGCUUCUUCAUGGAGGAUGACGAUGAGUUGGCGGAGAUCCAGGCUAAGCACCAGGCCCAUCAGCUGUUGAAUAUUGAACUUCGAGAUGUGUUGACAGAAGCGAUCCUCAAAGUUGUCCGAAAAUUCAAGACGAGUCGCGACGAAAUCUCGAACGAGACGCUUAAGGAAUACAUGACCCCUCGACUGCUGCAGUAGAGAGUCGCGUUCAUUUGAAAAUCGUUGG